GACGUCGGCAUCUGCAUCUUUCACUCUCCCAACUUGCUCACAGCCGCCAUCCCCGCCUGCACCGCCCCCCUCGCUGUCGACGCCGACGACGGCCUUGCCCGCUCCGCGGCCGACGACCCUCGCCACAGACUGCUCACGACGACGCAUGACAGAAUAGAAUCAACGGUCUUGUGGGGCUCCUCUAGCGCUCCAAACGACCUACGACCCUUCGGUAUCGCCCUGGUCAAACACACGGACAACGCCAGAUUGACUAACCGGCUGCCCAAGCCAGAGGGACAGAGAGAUUUGUUUGUGCGGUGUGGCAGCAAGCUCAGGCAACGAAGAGCACUCAAACCUGCGAGAUGCCUCCGACGUUAACCAACAUGCCACCGUCGACGCCACCGCGCGGCCGACAAUCGUCACGUUACCCCGCGUCGCUUGCCCUCGGCGAUCCCGGACGCGUUCCAUUACACAGGCGGGGAACGUCCAAGACGUACGAGCGGCUGGAGGACUUACUGCGCGAAGCGGGCUACAAAGAGACGCGCGUAUUCACGCCAGAGUCGGAAAGAAAGGAGGCCCGAGAUGCUGAGAGCAGGAAAGGCAGUCUGCGCGGGGGCGUCGACUCGGUGGUGGGCUACCUCGCGAGCUGGGUGCCGGGGUCGGGCAGGACGGAGACCACCUCCCACGUCCUGAGCACAACGCCUCCGCACGAACCCCGGCUCCAUUGGUCUCUCCCACCCUCACCGCUUGCGCAUAAGCACAAGCUCCCUGAUGAGAACGGACGACCGCGAAGCCCACUCUCCGCGUCCCCAACAGCCUCGAGCACCACAAUCGCGUCUUCUGUCGACAGCUCCGAUGGGCGCACCGUCAACUACAGACAUUACGCCAAGCAUGCACACAACGCACAGCCUCAACUGCUCCGGCCCAAGACCUCCGCCUCCAGUAACCUGCGUACAUAUGCCCAGGUCUCAGCUGCGCAGGGCUACCUCCGGCAUAUGGCCUCCGCGCCCAACAUGCCCAAGCGCCGUCCCUCAACGCGCGAGACGUCCGUCGACCGCCAUUCCGUAUAUGCCAUGGACCGCGGGCAGCCCGCACUCCCACCCCGCUGGCUCGAGUCCGUCACGAGGGCAGUCGCAGGAGCAAGCAAUCCCCACGCGCACGUCGGGGGCCCGCAGACCGCCCGUAGACUCAGCCGCCCGUCCUCGCGCGCCCCGCGUGCGAGAGAAAGGGCAGGUAAGUUUAUGCUGGCGGACCAGACGAACCGCCAGGCCCGGAGCGCGUCGGGGGUGCCGCCCGGUCUCACGUCGUACCUCGCGCGCGCGGAAGCGGCCCCGAGCACGGUCAGCACCGCGCGCGUGAUGUGUAGGUCUGCGCCCGCCUCCCGUUCAUCCUCGCGCGUUGGCGACAGGGACGCGCCGACCAGCGCACGGAGUGGUGCGUCUCGCACACGGAACCCACAGCCCAGCGCGCGGAGCGAGGCUUUCAGCUUCUCGUCGAGGCGGCAGAGCAGAAGUGACGGCGUGCCGCUGCUCGCGACUACCUCCGUCGAGAACGACGCGUGGAGCACUCAAUGGGUGCACGGGGAACGCGUGCCGAUGACCGUGGUUCGCCCCGGCGACGCCGGCGAUGAUGAUAUGUACUCGGACGGCGAAGACGAUGACGAUGACGACGACGACGGAGAGCUCACCUUCGCCCGGCUGCUCGUGCCUCCGAAGCGGCAGUAUUCCAUUCAGAGCCUGCGGAGACACCUCCACCAGAGCCAAAGCCGGAGCAACCUGCACGAGCCCGAGAACCCCUGGGAUGAGGACGGGGAGACGCUUGCCGCGGUCGGGCGCGCGAUGCGAAGCCCUACGGACGAUGAGGACGGCGAGGGCUAUGGCUGGCAGGCGCUCGGCAUGCCCGGAUUCAAGAACGGCACUGUGAAGAGACGCAGCGGCAUCCCUGGCGGUUGGGCGGGCUUCACGAAUCGCUCAUAGCAUCCGUGGGGCGAAGGAGCCGUCUCACUCUAGUAUUGUAUCACCAACACCACCUCCAUUGCUCAUGUUCAUUAUUCACCGGCACAGGUUUCGUACCAUCAUCCCUCGCAAUGACUUAUAAUGGUAUACUUAAUUCAUCUUGGUCCCUUCCGCCUUACCAUCCAGGACGUACAUUCCCGUACACGUACAGCAUGCACGAUCUCUCCCCCAUCAUAUAUUCCUAUAAUGCUGUAGACAAAAGAAAGGAUACCGCGUAGCAUCGAGCGGAAUAUCAACGGAUGUGACAUAGCGAAGUAGUAAGUUGUGGUUGCCUUAAUCCUUGAGUCCAUGAAC